UGGAGCUGAAGCUGCCGGGAGCCUGGAGUGGGCAAAGCGGCGUGAGCAGCGGCCCCAGGCUCCGGCAGCGUCGCGCUCGGAGAAGACCUCGCAGCUCGGGGCCGCAGCCUGGUGAGCUCAGCCGCCUUCAGGCCCUCCCCUACAUCCCUGCCGGGGCCUCUCCGAGACGGCGCUGAUCGACGCCGAAACACCCGGGGACCCUAUCGUGACUCCAUCGCGCCAUAUCGCGACAUCAUCGUGCCCUGUCGAGACUCCAUUUUGUCACAGCUCUUCUCAACAUAUAGCUAUAUAUUUUAUUUGCCCUGUCAUCUUUGGGGGCUGUCCCAUGUCGUGAUUUUGCCGUGAUCUCUCCGUGACAUCACCGCGCCAUCGUGAAGUGUGAUCUCAUCGCCGCCCUGUCGUGACUUCAUCAAUGUCGUGUUGUGACUUGGCCGCGGCGGGACAGUUGGGCAAGACUGGCAUCAUGGCCUCAGAUUGUGAGCCAGCUCUGAACCAGGCAGAGAGCCGAAACCCCACCCUGGAGCGCUACCUGGGAGCCCUCCGUGAGGCCAAGAAUGACAGCGAGCAGUUUGCAGCCCUGCUUCUAGUGACCAAGGCAGUCAAAGCAGGUGACAUCGAUGCCAAAACUCGGAGGCGGAUCUUUGAUGCUGUGGGCUUCACCUUCCCCAAUCGUCUCCUGACCACCAAGGAGGCACCGGAUGGCUGCCCUGACCACGUUCUCCGAGCCCUGGGCGUGGCCCUGCUGGCCUGCUUCUGCAGUGACCCUGAACUGGCCGCCCAUCCCCAGGUCCUGAACAAGAUCCCCAUCCUCAGCACCUUCCUUACAGCCCGGGGGGACCCUGAUGAUGCUGCCCGCCGUUCCAUGAUCGAUGACACCUACCAAUGCCUGACGGCUGUAGCAGGUACACCCCGUGGGCCCCGGCACCUCAUUGCUGGUGGCACUGUGUCUGCCCUAUGUCAGGCAUACCUGGGGCAUGGCUAUGGCUUUGACCAGGCCCUGGCACUUCUGGUGGGGCUGCUGGCUGCAGCUGAGGCACAGUGCUGGAAGGAGGCGGAGCCUGACCUGCUGGCCGUGUUGCGGGGCCUCAGUGAAGAUUUCCAGAAAGCCGAGGAUGCCAGCAAGUUUGAGCUCUGCCAGCUGCUGCCUCUCUUUCUGCCCCCGACAACUGUGCCCUCUGAAUGCCUCCGGGAUCUGCAGGCCGGGCUGGCACGCAUCCUCGGCAGCAAGCUGAGCUCCUGGCAGCGCAACCCCGCACUAAAGCUGGCAGCCCGCCUGGCACACGCCUGUGGCUCCAACUGGAUCCCGGCGGGCAGCUCCGGGAGCAAGUUCCUGGCCCUGCUGGUGAAUCUGGCAUGUGUGGAGGUACGGCUGGCGCUGGAGGAGACGGGCACAGAGGUAAAAGAGGAUGUGGUGACUGCCUGCUAUGCCCUCAUGGAGUUGGGGAUCCAGGAAUGCACCCGCUGUGAGCAGUCACUGCUUAAGGAGCCACAGAAGGUACAGCUUGUGAGCAUCAUGAAGGAGGCCAUCGGGGCUGUCAUCCACUACCUGCAGCAGGUGGGGCCGGAGAAGCAGAAGGAGCCCUUUGUGUUUGCUUCGGUGCGGAUCCUGGGUGCCUGGCUGGCUGAAGAGACCUCGUCUCUGCGCAAGGAGGUCUGCCAACUGCUGCCCUUCCUCGUUCGCUAUGCCAAGACCCUCUAUGAGGAGGCUGAGGAAGCCAAUGACCUGUCUCAGCAGGUGGCCACCCUGGCCAUCUCCCCCACUACCCCAGGGCCCACCUGGCCAGGGGACGCUCUCCGGCUCCUUCUGCCCGGCUGGUGCCACCUGACGGUCGAAGAUGGGCCCCGGGAGAUCCUGAUCAAGGAGGGGGCCCCCUCACUUCUGUGCAAGUAUUUUCUGCAGCAGUGGGAACUCACAUCCCCUGGCCAUGACACCUCCGUGCUGCCUGACAGCGUGGAGAUCGGCCUGCAGACCUGCUGCCACAUCUUCCUCAACCUGGUGGUCACUGCACCUGGGCUGAUCAAGCGAGAUGCGUGCUUCACAUCUCUCAUGAACACCCUGAUGACGUCGCUGCCCUCGCUAGUGCAGCAGCAGGGGAGGCUGCUUCUAGCUGCCAAUGUGGCUACCCUGGGCCUCCUCAUGGCCCGGCUCCUUAGCACCUCUCCAGCUCUUCAGGGAACACCAGCAUCCAGAGGUUUCUUCGCAGCCGCCAUCCUCUUCCUGUCGCAAUCCCAUGUGGCACGGGCCACACCUGGCUCAGACCAGGCAGUGCUGGCCCUGUCCCCUGACUACGAGGGCAUCUGGGCUGAUCUUCAGGAGCUCUGGUUCCUGGGCAUGCAGGCCUUCACAGGCUGCGUGCCGCUGCUUCCCUGGCUGGCCCCCGCUGCCCUGCGUUCCCGCUGGCCGCAGGAGCUGCUCCAGCUGCUCGGCAGCGUCAGCCCCAACUCCGUCAAGCCGGAGAUGGUAGCCGCCUAUCAGGGUGUCCUGGUGGAGUUGGCACGGGCCAACCGGCUGUGCCGGGAGGCCAUGAGGCUGCAGGCAGGUGAGGAGACGGCCAGCCACUACCGCAUGGCUGCCCUGGAGCAAUGCCUGUCGGAGCCCUGAGGGGGUGUCCACUGGGGACAGACCCGGGGGUGGGCAGUGAGGGAAUGAGGGAGGAGGCAUCUUCCCUGAAGCCCCCAAACUGGAUCCCCCUCCCCAACUCCCCCCCAAACACCCCAGCUUUCUGGCUUUUUCAAGAGCAAGGGCAUGGUGCCCACCCUUCAAAUGUAAGGAACUGCGUCCUGCCCCCUGAGGCUGCUCACGGGCAGGGAUUGUCUUGGAAAUCAGUGAGGCUGUCCCCGCCAGGUCGGGGAAGGUUGGAGUAGCCCCCAGGGAGGGGGGCUUUUAAGUGUCAUUGUGGCCAGUGUCUGGCUCCCCGAAGGAGGGAGUCCCCAGGGUGGGACAGGGCUGGCAGGAGCUGGCUGCUUCAGCCCAUUUGCCCUGCCGGCCAGGGUGUGGGCUCCUUUGGCUGUGGUGCCCCUCUGGCCUUCCAGGUCCACGUCCUUUAAAUUGGCCAUUCAAUUCUUGUCUUUGGCCCUCUUGGUCAGAGAGCGGGCUCAGGCCAUUGACAUCACAGUUCUUCCUAUCAACUUCAGUGACCCAGGGUCUGAAAUGCUCCAUCCAUCCAGGGAAACCUGGGACAGACCGUGCUGGUGUGGUGGGGGGAACCUUCCGCCUGAGCUUCCUUGAAGGGACCCAAAAGUCCUGCGGCCCCGUGGUCUCUAAGCUUUUGUGUCGUGUUACAGCAGAGUGAUGAUGAGGGUUGGGGGGGGAUUUAUUUUGCCAGUCCUUACCCCUGCUUGGACACCUGAGCAUCUAAUUUCUGUCCUCCUGGUGCCAUCUGGCCUGGCUGGAGCCAGGAACAGGAGGGACACUUUCCCAGAAACCGCAUGUUUCCCUAGUGAUUGCACCCCAUCGCAUCGUGGUGCCUGGCUUUAAAUCCCACCCUGCUUAUGACUCCUCUCUGCAGAGAGACGCGACUGGCGGCUCCAGCAGGGACUACCAUUCUUAUGAACCCAGGGGGACCCCCACAUACCUGAUUCCUUGCUUCCUUUCCCCUUUCUUUCUUCCUCCCCUCCCCCAGUAUGUUCUGUGAUCGCCAAGUUCAAAGCUGUGCACAUGUGGACACUCAAUAAAUGUUCAUUGGUGAAG